AUGAACAACAACUUGUGCCGGGCCUUGGUGGAGAGGCGAUCUGUGGCCACGUCCAGCUGUAUGCAGCUGGGGCUAGCCCCACCUCCCAGUCACCCCCACCUCCCACCGGCAGAAGCCUUGACCAAUGUCCCUUUCCUGCUCUACCCCACCAAUGUGGAGCACACCUACUACGACGCCUAUGGGAACUGGUUUCCCUAUGUCCCUUUCCGUGGCCCUUUUGGGGUCUAUGACUACCCCUUCAAGCCGGCCUUCAUCCAGAAGAGGAAUGAGAGGGAAAGGCAGAGGGUGAAAUGUGUUAAUGAGGGCUAUGCCCGCCUCCGGGGUCACCUGCCCGGGAUAGUGUCUGAGAAGCGACUCAGCAAGGUGGAAACAUUGCGUGCUGCGGUCAGAUACAUCAAGUAUCUGCAGGACCUGCUGAACAGAGCCCCCGAAGAGCCGGCAGCCGACACCACGGAUGGCAGCCCCCCCCGCAGCCCCACUCUUUGGCCUCCCCCGGCCCCUACCUCAGACUGCCCCAGCGAUGAUGGGGAAGCCAAAGUGUCUUCCUCUUCAGCCACGGAGUCUUCUUCACCUUCCUGCUUUUCCUCCUCCCCCCUCUGUGAAUCAGAGGAGUCUAGCCACUGA